CAAUUGCUCCACAUCAUUGGCCUAUAAAGAUGAGAAAGAUAGACCGCGUUCCUCUCCUGCAACAGGUGAAAGAGUUGAAAGACAGAUGGAUGUAUGGGCUAGGUAUUCUGGGAUAAAGAGCACAGAGGAAAGACAGAGAGCAAGGAGCAGUAUAAAGAGAGAGAGAGUAACUGUGGAUCUAACACAAAGGCCUUCCACUGUACCACUGGAGAAUCAGACGGGGCGUCGAGCACACAGCACGCCAGAAAUCCCCACGUGCAAGAUUCUCUGGAGAAGAAAAGAUGAUCAAAGUUUCCUCCAAGAUGGACCUCAACACUCCGACCAGAGACCAGAUCUGACUCCAUUUUUACAUCUCUACCUGCCUUCAUACCAGCCCGAGAAGAAAAGAGAAGAGUCAAUGGAGAAACAAGAGAACAGUUCAGAGAUGCACAACAAGCAAGCCGUCACAGAGGAAGGUAGAGAGCAUGAUGUCAUCACACAGAGCCAAAACGAAGACAUCACCGACAACAAAAUAAAUGAAGAACGACAACAUUAUUUCACAGAUGGCAUACAAUAUGACAUCACAGACACCAGUUGGCAUGACAUUUCAGUUGGCAAAACACAAGAGAAAAACUUUGAGAAUGACAUCACAGAGGGAAAAAAACCGCAGAGCAUUACAGAUAAUGAAGUCACGGAAGACCGCAUCACACAACAAAUUCAAUGUGAUAUUACUGACGUUGGUGAAUCUAACAAUGUCCCAGAAGACAGGGAACAAAAUGACAAGCAGGAAAAAAAGAACGUACAUAGCAGAACCAGACCGACUCUUCAUACCAGAAGAGUGAACAAAACCUCUGAUGGCAAACUCAUGGGCAACACACGUUAUCCCGCCCCAUCUACGGCUCUCACAUUCCCAUAUUCCCUAAUGGACAGAAAUCCCUCUCCCACUGUAAGUGUCCUGCCAUCGUUUUAUGGAACGCCGUUUGGCUAUCGCAUCAGAAAGUUCAACACUCCCGAGUCCGGCAGUUCCAAGACACGAACCAGAAAAGUCUAUAAUGACAUCAGAUUUAUAAAACCGACGAAUGACAUGCGACAUGCCAUAGAAACAAAAGGAAACCGAUGCUUGUUACAAACAAAGGCUGAAGUCGUAAUCAGCCCCCGCCCCAAAAUAAUGAGCACUGAGAGGGGGGUCCCGCCUCAUAAAAUUAAAACCAUCAAGACGUUUCUGUGGGGACCAGAGGGGCCCCAAGAAACGAAGACAGUGUGCGAGUUACAGAGUCCUGUGAACAGGUGGAGAAGCUCGGAUUGA